AAGGUCCUCCCUAUAAAAUAGAGUCGUGAGCACGAUUAGAUACACAAAUCACUAAUAACAUUCAUUGAACACUUACACAAACACGAUUUCUGAUUGAAAUCAACUGUCAAAAUAAGAAUGGAGAUGAUCUUAGUUUAUCUAUGUUUAACCACCUUAUUAGCCCUUCUCUUCCUAAAACAACUCUUUAAACGAACAACCACCACCAAACUUAACCUACCCCCGUCUCCAUGGCGGCUUCCCAUCGUUGGUAACUUUCACCAGCUCAGUCUCAACCCUCAACGCUCCUUUCGUUCUCUUAGCCUCCGUUAUGGACCACUCAUGCUCCUUCACUUUGGCCGUGUUCCGGUCCUUGUAGUCUCCUCUGCUGAAGUAGCUCAUGACGUUAUGAAAACACACGAUCGUUUAUUCGCCAACCGCCCAAUAACCAAAACUGUUGAUAAAGUUACGAAUGGUGGGCGAGAUCUCGUGUUUGCCCCCUAUGGCGAAUACUGGAGGAAUAUUAAGACUUUAUGCAUAGUGCAUCUUCUGACCAACAAAAUGGUUCGGUCCUUCCACAAAGACAGAGAAGAAGAGAUUAAUAUUCUUAUGGAAAAGUUGGGGAAAGCGAGUUCAUCUUCUUCAACAAUAAACCUUAGCCAACUUUUUAUUACCCUAACAAGCGAUGUAAUGAGUAAAGUUGCCUUGGGACGAAAAUAUAGCAGUGACCAAGACACAAUCGAUAUCAAGACAUUAGUAAGGACAUUCGCACGGAUCUUAGGCACAUUCCCUGUAGCGAAUUACAUUCCUAGUUUGGCAUGGAUAGAUUGGAUCCGCAGAUUGGACGGUAAAGUAGAAGAUGUGAGUAAAACGUUCGAUGAUUUUUUGGAAAAGGUCGUGCAAGAACAUGAUGUAGAUGCAGAAAAAAAAAGAUCAGGUUUUGUUGAUACGUUGUUAUCGAUCCAAAGAGAAAAGAUGACACCAUUCGUUUUUGAUAAAAGCGACAUAAAACUCAUCAUCUUGGACAUGUUCUUAGGGGGAUCGGCAACAACUUCGUCACUGCUAGAAUGGACGAUGACAGAACUUAUGAGACAUCCAGAGUGUAUGAGGAAACUUCGAGACGAGAUUUGUUCCGUUUCAAUGCAUAAUUUAUAUGUAAACGAGGAAGAUAUAGAGAAGAUGAACUACUUAAAUGCUGUAAUCAAGGAGACACUUCGUUUACACCCGCCACUCUCCGUACUAAUCCCCCGACAACUAAGCGAAGAUAUCAAAUUAAAAGGAUAUGACAUUGCUGCAGGCACACAGGUGAUAAUUAAUGCGUGGGCAAUCCAACGAGAUAAUGCGACAUGGGGACCAGAUGCAGAAGAAUUUAAACCAGAGAGACAUUUAAAUUCAUCUUGGGAUUUUCAGGGACAAGAUUAUAAAUUCAUUCCAUUUGGAUCAGGGAGAAGACUAUGUCCUGGAAUUAGAUUGGCAUUGGUAUUGGUUGAAGUAACGGUGGCAAACCUUGUGAAACGGUUUGACUGGAGAGUCCCGGUCGGACCACAUGGAAUGGAUAAGCCUGAUCUAGCAGAGGCAGCUGGUAUAGAGGCUUGUCGCAAAUUCCCUCUUAUUGUCUUUCCAACUUCUGUUAUGUUCCCCAUUUAAACUUUUCUGCACCAUUAUCGCCAUUGAAACCCGUCUGUGAUGAUUCUGCUCCUCGCUUUUCGUUAUUGUUAGCCGACUCUUGAGUCUAUGGUAAAAUUGAAGUGCAUGUGCACUGAAGAUUUCGGUUU